AGUUUAUUAUUAUUAUUAUUAUUAUUAUUAUUAUAUGAACGGGUUUAAAACCACAGUUCCAUGGACGAUGGAAAAGGAACCAGAGUUCUAAUGAAUGUGUUCAGGGUUGGUUCUCUAGACUCACGGCAGCUGCUCAGGUGUGUUUCUGUGGCUCCGCCCCCUGUAGGUGACAUCAUCAUCAUCAACAUGGCCCAUCCAGCAUUUGAGGAUGCAGGUAAGGAGGCGGGGCUUCAGGUGUGGCGGGUGGAGGACAUGGAGCUGGUUCCUGUUUGUGAGAACCUGCACGGAGGGUUCUACGACGGCGACGCCUACCUGGUUCUGAAAACCACGCGGCGGGGGGGCGGGAACCCACAGUACGACCUGCACUACUGGACAGGUUCAGAGUGUUCUCAGGACGAGAGCGGAGCGGCAGCCAUCUUUGCGGUCCACAUGGACGACCACCUGGGGGGGGCGCCGGUCCAGUACCGGGAAGUCCAGGGCCACGAGUCCCAGACCUUCUGUGGAUACUUCAAGAAAGGACUGAAGUACAUGAAAGGGGGCGUGGCCUCGGGGUUCCGUCAUACGGUGACCAAUGACGUGGACGUGCAGAGGCUGCUGCACGUCAAAGGUCGACGCGUCGUCAGGGCGACGGAGGUCUCUGUCAGCUGGGACAGUUUCAACAAAGGGGACAGUUUCAUCCUGGACCUGGGACAGGAGAUCAUCCAGUGGUCCGGUUCCCAUAGCAACCGCUUUGAGAGGCUGAAGGCGACGCUAGUGUCCAAGAGUAUCCGUGACGACGAGCGGUGUGGGCGGUCCCAGCUGCAGGUCUGUGCCGAGGGGGAGGAGCCAAAGAAGAUGCUGGAGGUGCUCGGUGAGAAGCCGGAGCUGCCGGAGGCUCAGAACGACGACACGAAGAGGGACGUCUGCAACAGGAAACAGGCUGCGCUCUACAAGGUGUCCAACGCAGAUGGUGAAAUGGACAUUACCAAGGUAGGGGAGCAGAGUCCAUUUUCCCAGGAUGCCUUGCAGUCUGGCGACUGUUUCAUCCUGGACAACGGCGCCAACGGACGCAUCUACGUGUGGAAAGGGAAGGAAGCCAACGCCCAGGAGCGCCGAACUGUCCUGAAGACUGCAGAGGCCUUCAUCCACAAGAUGAACUACCCGGCGUACACUCCGGUCCAGGUCCUUCCUCAAGAGGCCGAGACUCCGCUCUUCAAACAGUUCUUUAAGGACUGGAGAGACUCGGAGGACACCGUUGGCAUGGGAACGGCUUACGUAUCCAAUAACAUCGCAAAGAUCGAGAAGGUGCCUUUUGAUGCGUCGACGCUCCACCAAUCAGAGGCCAUGGCUGCUCAGAGCGGCAUGGUGGACCGUGGAGACGGAGACAAACAGGUCUGGAGAAUUGAGGGAUCGGAGAAGGUUCCGGUAGACUCGUCCCUCGUCGGUCAGUUCUACGGCGGCGACAGUUACAUCAUUCUGUAUCGGUACCACCACGACAGCAGACAGGGUCACAUCAUCUACAUCUGGCAGGGGGCGGAGUCGAGCCAGGACGAGGUGGGAGCGUCGGCCCUGUUGGCCAUCCAGCUGGACGAGGAGCUGGGAGGAGCAGCCGUACAGGUGCGGGUGGUCCAGGGGAAGGAGCCACCCCACCUCAUGAGCCUGUUUGGGGAGGAGCCUCUGGUCAUCUACAAGGGUGGGACGUCCAGAGAGGGUGGACAGUCGGAGGCAGCAGAGACACGCCUGUUCCACAUUCGAGCCAAUCAGGCAGGAGGCACCAGGGCUGUGGAGGUGGCUCCGUCCUCCUCCAGCCUGAACUCCUCAGACGCCUUCAUCCUGGUCUCUGGAUCUGGAUCGUGGAUGUGGAAGGGGAGGAACAGCAGCUCAGCUGAGGCCAAGGGGGCGGACCACUUGGCCGCCAUCCUGCGGGUGACCGCUGCCCAACUGGACGAGGGCAACGAGGAAGAUGCAUUCUGGGAUGCUCUGGGGGGCCGGGGGGACUACUGCCAGAACCCCCGUCUGCAGAACCAGAUGGAGGCUCAUCCCCCUCAACUGUUCGCCUGCUCCAACAAGACGGGGAACUUCAAGAUGGAGGAGGUUCCGGGUGAGCUGACACAGGACGACCUGGCUCCGGACGACGUCAUGAUCCUCGAUGCCUGGGACCAGGUGUUUGUCUGGAUCGGAAACGAAGCGCAGGAGGAGGAGAAGACGGAGGCGACGUCAUCAGCCGUCCGCUACAUUGAGAGCGACCCAGUGGACCGAGACCCCCAGACCCCGGUGGUGACGGUGAAGCAGGGAUUCGAACCCCCGACCUUCACCGGCUGGUUCCUGGGCUGGAACCACGACUACUGGAGUGACGAGCCCGGGCAGUGACCCCAGAGUCCAAGAACCCUGUGGACAUGUGGUCCAAUCCAAUAAAGUCCCAUUUGGGAAA